AUUGGAAAUACCACUGGAUUAUCUAACUAAUUUUAAAUGUGCAGAAAUGACAUUUUUGUACCAACGCGUUUUUGACAUCGAUACUCAACGCCUGAUAACACUAAGUCUAAUUUCCGAAGGUAUUGAUAUCACACAAGAUCGUAUCCUUAUUCUUAAUGUUCUGUUGUCAUUAGAAUUUCUCUGGCAUUACCUUAACGGAUUGCCUGGACGAAUAGGGAUCUUGAGCCCAUCAUAG